GUCCUUUCAUAUUGGUUUAGCUGACUAAAUGCAGCUUGUUCCAGUUUUGGUUGAGGUCGGCGACGAAGCGAUUUGAGCUUUAAAAAUAACUAAACUAAUAAAAAUACAAAUUUAAUCGUUCGACCACACUUAGCCUUAGGUUAAAAGGUGACUAGUGACGCGAGUAUGAGCGACACCGAGAAAGAUUUCAGAGAUAAGGAGCCACAGCCUGGCUCGGGGAGCUCCUCCCCACAGCGAUCGGCAAAAUCUGCCAGCCGCUCGCCGGCACGCUCCAAGGAAGGUUCCCAGCAUUCCAGGUCGAGGUCUCGCUCGCGCUCCAGAUCCAAAUCCAAAUCUAGGUCUCGUUCCCACCGGAGCUCACGAAGGAACUAUUCCCGCUCUCGCUCCCGCUCCCGCCGCCGCCGUUCCCGAAGCCGCUCUGGCAGCCGGCGCAGGAGCCAUAGCCGCUCGCCCAUGUCCAACCGACGCAGGCACAUUGGCAACAGGGCCAACCCUGACCCAAACACCUGCCUGGGCGUGUUUGGCCUGAGCCUGUACACGACUGAGCGGGACUUGCGGGAAGUGUUCUCCAAGUAUGGCCCCCUGGCAGACGUCAACAUAGUCUACGACCAGCAGUCCAGACGCUCCAGGGGCUUUGCCUUCGUCUACUUUGAGAACUAUGAGGACUCUAAGGAGGCCAAGGAGCAUGCCAACGGAAUGGAGCUGGACGGCCGACGAAUCCGCGUGGACUUCUCCAUUACCAAACGAGCGCACACCCCCACACCUGGCAUCUACAUGGGACGACCCACAUAUGGCGGAGGCGGCGGCGGCGGAGGGGGAGGCGGCUCAUCAAGGCGUAUGUCGAGGGACUACGACCGAGGCUACGACCGCGGAUAUGAUCGCGGCUAUGAUCGGGACUACGAUCGCUAUGAUGACCGGGAGUACCGAUCAUACAGACGAAGAUCUCCAUCGCCGUACUACAGCAGAGGAUACCGCUCUCGAUCCAGAUCACGAUCCUACUCCCCACGUCACUACUGAGCAGUGAAUCGUCCAUGUUCUUUCUUUUUUUUUUUUUUUUUAAAGAUGUCUUUUUUUUUUUAGAUGUUUUGACCCAGUCACAGCACAGCACACACACCUACAAAGAAAAUGCAUGGGGAUAAAAAUUAACUGUAAAAAUUCAGAGGAUAACAUACACAAUGUUCCUGAUCUUGAAUGUUGGUUUGCUAAAAUCUGGACAUUUUUUGGGGGGGGCAGAACCAAAAAAAGCAACAUUUAAAAGAAUAGAAUUUCGUUUUGUAGUGUAAAACUGACUUUGGAGUCUAGAUGUUUUUUUAUACAAGUAGGUUUGUCCACUUGGUAGGUUUGAAUGCAGCAGCUUUUCUUCUUCAGUUCAACUUCCCUGUCGUAACAUUUGUCCGCAUUAGGCUCAAGUCAUGAGGACACAAUUCACAGAAUAAGUUCUUACUGAAGAUGUUUGACACGGUGAGCUUCCUUAUCGAAAUUCCGAACACAGUAUAAUCUGUAUAUAAAUGGCUUGCGUCCCUUCUGCAGUUUGUUAUAUACCGUAUAUUGGAGGUCUGAUUUGUAUGUGUCAUACAUUUGUCAUGUGGAUUUUCAAAUAAAAGCUGAAAGCAUUGUC